GUUAAAAACAUUUUCAUCUCUGGCAAGAAAACAGACACAGUGGAGUUGAAGUGGAAUGGCGAUGGUGCAAUUGUUAUUGUUGUUGAGUUGGUGCUUUGUAUUAAUGGUGGCAGUAGCAAAUGGCCGCAGCAGCGAUGAAGAAGGAAAAGGGAAAGGAGGGAGCGUAACAUAUGAUGGAAGAUCGUUAAUCAUAAAUGGCCAACAUCAAAUUCUUUUCUCCGCCUCCAUUCACUAUCCUCGCAGUACUCCUCAGAUGUGGCCAUCUCUGAUAGCCAAAGCCAAAGAAGGAGGAGUAGACGUUAUACAAACCUAUGUAUUUUGGAACCUCCAUGAACCCCAACAAGGCCAGUAUAAAUUCAGUGAAAGACGGGAUAUUGUAAGGUUCAUCAAAGAAAUCCAAUCCCAGGGUCUAUAUGUUUGCUUAAGAAUUGGUCCCUUCAUUGAGGGCGAGUGGACUUACGGGGGAUUACCAUUUUGGUUGCAUGAUGUUCCCGGCAUUGUCUUCAGAUCAGACAAUGAGCCAUUCAAGAAUCACAUGCAAAGAUUUGUGACAAAGAUCGUAAGCUUGAUGAAAUCAGAGAAUUUGUUUGCUUCACAGGGAGGACCAAUUAUACUCUCACAGAUUGAGAAUGAAUACGGCACAGUUGAACCAGCUUACCAUGCGAAAGGACCACGGUAUGUUCGUUGGGCUGCAAAGAUGGCGGUAGAGCUUCAAACCGGCACGCCCUGGGUGAUGUGUAAGCAAGAUGAUGCUCCUGACCCAGUGAUCAAUGCAUGUAAUGGAAUGAGGUGUGGAGAAACAUGGAAAGGACCCAAUUCACCCGAUAAACCAGCAAUUUGGACGGAGAACUGGACAAGUUUCUACCAAGUAUAUGGCACAGAACCAUACCUGAGAUCAGCCAAAGAUAUUGCAUUUCAUGUUGCACUUUUCGUUGCCAAGAACGGAAGCUAUGUGAACUAUUACAUGUAUCAUGGAGGAACUAAUUUUGGAAGAACAGCAUCUUCAUUUAUGCUGACAAGUUACUAUGAUCAAGCUCCUCUUGAUGAGUAUGGAUUGAUCAGGGAACCAAAAUGGGGUCAUCUUAAGGAAUUACACGCUGCAAUAAAGCUAUGCUCCAAACCUUUACUUACAGGAGGAUAUGAAACCUUUCCUUUGGGUCAACUACAAGAAGCCUAUGUCUUCAAAGGAAAUGCAGGAGAAUGUGCUGCAUUUCUAGUAAAUAAUGACGACAGAAAAAGUAGCACAGUGUUUCAGAACUCCUCGUAUGAACUGCCUCCGAAAUCAAUAAGCAUCCUACCAGAUUGCAAGACUGUAGCCUUCAAUACAGCUAAGGUAAGCACACAAAUCAAUACAAGAUCAAUGACAAUUAGACAUAAGUUACAUUCAAAGGAAACAUGGGAAGAGUACACAGAAACCAUCCCCAACUUUGACAAUACCUCGUUAAGAGCAAAAACAUUGUUAGAACAUAUGAACACAACAAAGGAUACAUCUGAUUAUCUUUGGUACACUUUCAGGUUUCAGCAUAAUUCAUCUGAUGCUCAAUCUAUAUUAAGUGUGCAAUCCCAUGGCCAUGUUUUGCAUGCUUUUGUCAAUGGAGAAUUCACCAGAUCUGCACAUGGAAGUCGUGACAAUCCGAGUUUCACCCUGGAGAAUACAGUUAAUUUGAAUGAUGGAAUGAAUGAUAUUGCUUUACUGAGUGUAACAGUGGGAUUGCCGGAUUCAGGAGCAUAUCUUCAGCGUAAGGUGGCUGGGUUGCGGAGUGUGAGAGUUCAGGACAAAUAUUUCACCAACUACGACUGGGGAUAUCAGGUCGGGCUAAUAGGAGAGAAGUUACAAAUUUAUAAGAAACAUGGAUCGAGUAAUGUUCAAUGGCGUAGGUUCAGAAACUCUAUUCCUCGUCAACUCACAUGGUAUAAGACUGUAUUCGAUACACCAGCAGGAGACGAUCCGAUUGCAUUAAAUCUUAAUUCCAUGGGAAAGGGUGAAGCUUGGGUUAAUGGCGAAAGCAUAGGUAGAUAUUGGGUCUCACUCAAAACCCCUAAAGGGAAUCCUUCACAGACAUGGUACCAUGUACCCAGAUCUUUCCUCGAAAACACCAAAAACCAACUUGUUCUGUUAGAGGAAGAAACCGGUAAUCCUCUUGAAAUUACCAUAGCCACUAUUGCAAUCACAAAAGUGUAUGGGCAUGUGAACAACUCACAUCUGCCCCGGGUGAGUUCCUGGGUAAGACAAAGCCAGAGAGGAGACACAAAUAUAAAGAAGCAACAAAGGCCUGAAGUUCAGCUUAAUUGUCCACAGGGAAGGAACAUUUCCAAGAUCUUAUUCGCAAGCUUUGGAACCCCAAAGGGUGAUUAUAAAAGUUAUGCCAUGGGGAGCUGUCACUCAUCUAGCUCAAGAGCCAUUGUAGAAAAGGCUUGUAUAGGGAAGGGGAGAUGUUCUGUUCCCUAUUCAAAUCAAUAUUUUGGAGGAGACCCAUGUCCAGGCAUCCCUAAAGCUCUCUUGGUUGAUGCACAAUGCACAUAGUAAUAAGUCUACACUAGUUAUAUGCAAGAUGAAUGAGCAUUUAAAUUUACCUGUAACUUCUGAUUCAUAAAUGUAAAUGCGUUAUGAAUUAAUAUUGAGAUGCAUCAACAUUGAUUAUAAUGAUAAUGUAGAUUAAGAAUUUGUUGGAUUGCAUA